CAAAGUAAACAAAUUAAAUAACCCGAUAACUCCAUAUGUUUACAACUUUGCAUCAAUUCAUGCAGUUGUAUAGAAGUUAAUGCUUAACGGAAUAUUAGUCAAGCUUCAAAGCCCACGGAGAGUGCACGGCUAUUGUCGUAUUGGAAUUAUAUAUUAAAUAAAUAAAUAGUUUGCCGGUGAAUGUUUUAAAAUGGAGUUAAACUUUAUAACCACUCUCAUUAAACACGAUGUGAACCAUAAUGUGAAACAGUGUUUUAAGACUAAGAAACCGUUUGUUACUAGAAAAGAAGAAGUAAUGGCGAUUAAAAGCAAAUUCCCAAAUAAAAUACCGCUCAUAGUAGAGAGAUACCAUAAAGAGAGAGGCCUACCGACUUUGGAUAAAACAAAGUUCCUUGUACCAGAAGACAUAACGAUGUCUCAAUUCUUAGUUAUAAUACGCAACAGAAUAAGGAUUAAACCAAACCAAGCGCUGUAUUUAAUCAUAAACAACAGGUCUAUGCUGAGCAUGAGUUUGACUAUGUCUCAGGCGUACGAACUCUACGGUGACGAGGAUGGAUUUUUAUACAUAACGUAUGCAUCUCAAGAAGUUUUCGGUUAUCAAGAUGAUAUGACGGGGUCUAAUAAAGAGGUACAAGUCAUUAGAGACCGAUUUCCGAAUAAAAUACCGUUGUACGUGGAAAGAUAUUCAAGAGAGAAAGAGGUACCGGUCUUAGGUAGGAACAAAUUCCUAGUGCCUCAAGAACUCACUAUGUCACAGUUCCUCUACAUCAUUCGGACAAAGAUGAAAUUGAGAGAUUCACAAGCGUUGUAUCUGUUGGUGAAUGAUAAAGUCCUAGUGAGCCACAGUAUGACGAUGUCGCAGGCAUACGAACAGUUCCGUUCCACCGACGGAUUCCUUCACAUCACCUACGCUGCACAACAGGUAUUUGGAUGAAGGUACGGUGUUCAAAUAAAGAAUGAAAACAUGAAUCUAAGAAACGAAUCCCAAUUUAAAGACUGAUAGUAUUUUAUUUGAUGUGAUACAUUUAGAUUUUAAAAAAUUAAUAACUUUCUAUCCAAAGGCCGGCUCCAUAUGAUAUUUUAUUAAUAAAAUGUUAUCAUAUUUAUGUAAGGUUGAAAUUUUAUAGAAUUUAUUACUUUUAUUAUUGUUAUUUAUUGUAAGUUUAUUUCAUCGAUCUCAAAACAAACAAAAAAUAGUUUCUGUAUUAAUAUUAUGUUUUUUUUUUUUUUUUAAUAAUUGAUAUAUCAUUUUAAUGAAUUGACUUUAAAUUUAAGUUGAAUAGAUUUUAAUGAAUGUAAUUACUAGUUAGAAAAUGUAUGCGGAUAUUUAGAAAUUAAAAGGAUAUCAUGUAAUUUCGUUUUAAUGAUAAUUAUUAUAGUACAAAUAAAAUUAUUAUUUUUUGUCUA